AGAGCCCUCCGUGAUUCCCCAUCACACACAGACACACACACACACACACACUCUCUCUCUAUCUCUCUUUCUCCCUCAAUCUCUAGUACUAGUAGUAGAAAACCACCUCGAAAACCCUAGCAAUGGCGGCGGCGGCGGCGUUGAUCGAUCCGAGCUUCGACGUCGACAAGCUCAGCUACGAGAUCUUCUCCAUCCUCGAGAGCAAGUUCCUCUUCGGCUACGACGAGCCCAAGCUCUUCUCCUCCGCCGCCGCGUCGCUCCCGGAGACCCCGACGAAGACCCCGGCGAGGUGCGCGGCGCCCGCCGGGAGGGUCCGGAUCCUCUCCAUCGACGGCGGGGGCCGCGCCGCCGACGGCAUCCUCGCCGCGGUGGCGCUCUCGCGCCUCGAGGCCUCGCUGCGCGAGAGAUCCGGCGACCCGGGCUCCCGGAUCGCCGACUACUUCGACGUCGCGGCGGGGUCGGGCGCUGGCGGGGUCCUCGCGGCGAUGCUCUUCGCGCGGGGCCCCGACGGGCGCUCGAUGUUCUCGGUCGAGGAGGCGCUGGGGUUCCUCGCGCGGAACCUGCGGAGGGGCGCCCUCUCCGGCGAGAGGAGGCGGGUCCUCCGGGGAAUUUUCCGGCGAUCUUCGCCGGCGGGGAUGUUCCGGCGGGUGUUCGGGGAGGCGACGCUGCGGGACACGGUGGGGCCGGUGCUGAUCCCGUGCUACGACCUGGCGACGGGGGCGCCGUUCCUGUUCUCGCGGGCGGACGCGGUGGAGGGCGAGGGCUUCGACUUCCGCCUCCGCGAGGUGUGCGCGGCGACGUGCGCGGCGGCGGGGGCGGCGGUGGAGAUGAGGUCGGUGGACGGCCGCGCGCGGAUCGCCGCGGUGGGGGCCGGGGUGGCGAUGGGGAACCCCGCGGCCGCGGCGAUCACGCACGUGCUCAACAACAAGCGCGAGUUCCCCCUGGCCGCCGGGGUCGAGAACCUCCUCGUCGUCUCCCUCGGGUGCGGCGAGGCCAUGCGCGUGAACCUCUCGGCGGCGGCGACGCCCACUCCCACGGCGGCGCCGCCGUCCGCGGCGGAGAUGCUGCGGAUCGCGGCGGAGAGCGCGGCCGACAUGGUGGAUCAAGCGGUCGCCAUGGCAUUCGGACACAGCAGGACGAGCAACUACAUUCGCAUCCAGGCGACUAAACCCUUCGAGGCCUCAAAGCCCACGACGGACGCGAAGAAGGCGACGAGGGCGGCGGAGGAGAUGCUGGCGCAGCGUAACGCGGAGUCGGUGCUCUUUCGGGGGAAGAAGCUCUCGGAGCGAACCAAUGCGGAGAAGCUCGAGUGGUGCGCGGUCGAGCUCGUGAAGGAGCACGGCCGGCGGAAGACGAGCCCGAUCCCCGUCGUCGCCGUGAAGUCGGCGGGGACUCCGCGCUUGUCCUCCGCAACCGUGUCUACUGUGACGACUUCUUCUUUAGCCUCGUCCACCGCCGCGACUCCAUCUCCGCCGCCCAGCCACCACCGUGUUGUAGACAGAGAUUGAGGGGAAUUGUUAGGGAACUGAUUAAUUUUGUACGUUGUAUAUGAUCUAUAUGCUUAAUUAGUUAUAGAUUGUCUAAUGAGUCUUUGCAAUUUAGCAAAGCUCCUCUUUGUGUGCUUCUCGGGUAGUACAAAAUGGGUGAAUGUUGAUAGGAGGAGGAUGAUGCAGAUGGAUCAACCGGUGUUUUUGAGGUGAUCAAAUUAAAGACCUUUGCCAUGUUUGAUUGAUGUUCGAAUGUACAAAUUGAAUGGCUGGCAUGUUUCCAAGUUAAUCACAUCACGCCCUCGUCCGGUUUCCCUAA